AUGCAGACUCCCUGGUGCGGCCAAUCCAAUGCUUGCCCUGGAGCUCAGAAACCUGAGAACAUUGCAGGGUUUUGUGAGGCCUCGCACGCCUUCCGUGCGCUCGGCGCCCGUGCUGCGGUGCCCGGCCGAGCGCGGGCAUUUUGGAAUGUGUCGUUGCCGGUGCUGCAGAGCCCUGGAGGUGCCCAUAUCACCAAAUAUCACAUCGUGAAGCCUUACAAAGAUGGAGUUGACUACGACGACUUCUUAGUGGCCCUCCCGGAGCGGGACCACUUGGCCAGCUUCACCAAGGAAGUGCCUCUCUUCCUGCGAUACCUCAAGGUGGUCACCGAUCAGGAGGGGCGCCCGGAAGCCUUCAAGAGCUUCUUCGAGCGUGCGAAGAGUGGCCUAGUAGUCGAGAGUGAUGUGUACAUCACCACCGACGAGUUGGUCGCGGUGAUGUGGAAGAACGGCUACUCCGAUUCGGAGCGCAACGCCAUUCAGUUUACCUUCCCGAGCGACUACAAGUUUUACUAUCCGGAGCUGUCAGCCAUGUUUGAUAUUCCAGAGGAGGAUACCUACAAGUUCUGCAUGCGCACCCGCAUUGAGGACAGUGGCUGGGACUUUUUAAGAAGUUGA